UUUUUGUGAAACAAUGCUACAGUGGUAAACACGUCUGACUCUGAGAUAAUGUGUUAAGUCCACAGAGGAUGUGGUGGCUGUGUUUCAGACACUGAUAAUGAAACACCAAAGAGUUACAGAGCAUAAUGCUUCCAAGAUGGUAAUGGGGCAAAGAGCUUUUGAGUUACACCAUCCAAAGUCUUUGUGAUCUUGCAAUUUUUGCAUUUCUUUUAAUAUAUAUUUAUGUAUUCUCUCAAAUUAAAAAUAGAUAAAUAAAUAAAUAAAUAAAACUUACCAGUAUCUUUACAUGCCAAGUAAUGUGGUACCUGGUCACAGCACUACUCGUCUUUACAGUAUAUGGAAGCCAUGGUUGUGUAAUGAUGAGUCCAGACCAGAAGGUUGUAAUUGGGACAGGCGUCUAUUUGAUGUGUAAUUUCUCCAAAUGUCCUCAGCCUCUGGACACCAACUCUCUUAGUGUGGAGUGGGAAUUCCAGGAUAUCUCAUCUAAGAAUAAAAUAAUCAUCUACUACAUCGGAAAUCAAACUGUAUCAAUACUUCCUGAUGUACUUUUUCUGGGAAAUGUAAAAUUGGGGAGCUUUGAUAUACUUCUCCAUUCCGUGACCUAUGAAAACAAUGGAACUUACUUGUGCAGACUGCGUCUCGAUGGCAUUUUCUACAAGAAUCAUACACACCUUUUAAUCCAUUCAGGAUCACAGAGAACAAUUAAAAAUACAGCUGUGAACCGUGCGGAGGUAUAUUUUCUCUGGUGGGUGCCUCUGGUGUCUGUAGCUGGGCUUGUGCUGUUAGUUGUUCCAGUGUUUUUAUGGAGGAAAGCUUGCAGAUCUCAACAGAAAGAGGACGUCUCAGCGCAAAAGUUGAAAGAGGUUCAAACCGGAACUGACACUAAUGACAUGGGCAACAUAUACAAGGUCAGAUUCAGUUCUAUGCCUAUUCUGGGAGACAUGUGCACUCCUCCGACCACUCCAAAUGCAGACAGCAUCUAUGUUACCAUGCGUGGUUUCCCCUUCAUGCCAAAUGAUCCUGUCAAAGCUGGACUGAACAGACGUCUUCCUUCUGAUUGGCAGGGGGAGGAUGUGGAACCCGUAUCGGGACAUUGAACUCACAUUUGCUACCCGAAUAGCUCAUAAUUGCUUGGUGCAAGGCUAAUAACAUAAGAAACACACACCGAAUCAUUCAUUAUUUAUAAUGAUGAGAAUGAAAGCAAUUUUUUAUUAUGACAUGGAAGUGCUUGAGGCAGUAGUUCCUUUUGUGCUGUUAUUUAAUCAGUACUUUUUGGGGUGUGUUAAACUUUGAAUUGUAUGUAUCUGAUAAAUUCUCACAGUUUUUUAUUUUAUAAUUUUUCUUUUAAAUAUAAGUUAAUUUAUUUGGUAAGUAAAUGUGUAAUA